CUCGUUUCGUGGACACCAAUGCCACAAUUGGAACAUAACGCACCUGGUUUCUUCUACCUCAUUUACCGAAGAAAGGAAGGAUUUAAAAUAUGGAAAAAGGAAGUCACCAUUACUAAUUGGAAACAAGAUCAAUAUAUUAUCAAAAUAUUAUCCGAUGUUAAUUACGAAAUAAAAGUUGUAGCAGGAAAUGAUUUGGGUGAAUCGAAAGCUGAACCUCAAGUUAUCGUUGGAAAUCCAGGAGAAAAUCAUGCAACAACACAGCCACCAAUCCAAUCAACAACAGAGGUUAUUUCAACAUCACCACCAAUCCCAUCAACAACAAACACACCAGCCACAUUACAUGUGCCGCCAUCAACAACAAUAGUAACGACAACACCAACAGUGGAGACAACAACACAAGCACAAACCACAAGUUCUGUCCCAGAAACUACGACAAAUCCACCACUAAAUGCACCGAAAAUAACAGAUUUGAAAUGUGGCGAAAAGAAAGCAACAAUUUCCUGGGAACAAAGUGGCAAUACUGCAGAUAUUAAGCACUAUACCAUUGAGUACAGCACUUCAUUCGAACCAAAUGUUUGGAGUGUUUUCGCUGAUAAAAUUAGUGAAACAUCUCACGUAGUUUCAUUGAGUCCAGGAGCCACAUUUUCAUUUCGUGUAAUUCAAACAUAUAAAAAUGGAAAAUCGAGCCCACCAAGUGAACCAAGUGGCACAUGUUCAAGCAAACCAGACAUCCCAUACACAAAUCCAACCAAUGUAAAUAUAAAGGGUACAUCACCUGGUUCUUUUAUAAUUUCAUGGAAAAGAAUGCCGGAAAUAGAACACCACGGUGCGGGAUUUUUCUAUCGAGUAUCAUGGAGAAAAACUGGAAGUUUCGAUUGGAAUGUACAAGACACCGUUGAUUGGAAAGAAACCCAAAUUGAAAAGCACACAAACAAACCUUACCAGCAAUAUGAAACUAAGGUGAUAGCGGUCAAUAAAUUGGGUGAAUCGAAAGCUGUACCUCAACUUAUAUCUGGCUAUUCAGGUGAAGGACGACCAUUCUUCGCACCAAAUGAGUUUAAGAUUUUAGCUAUCAAAACAAUGAAUGGAAAUCGUGCAUCAGUUACCUUCACUUGGAAACAAUUGCCAAUUGAAUCUUUCAAUGGUUUUGCCAGCGGAUAUAAAAUUCAAAUUUGGACUCAACAUUAUACACUGUAUGAUACAUCCAAUUUAUCGCCGAUAUAUGGCACAAAUGAAACCACAAUUAACCUGUACUCAAAUACUGUCUACAAUGCUCACAUUCAAGCCGUCAACAAAUUAUUCCUAGGACCAACUAGCAAAAUAAUUACAUUCAUGACACCACCGGGAACACCAAAUGAAGUACUUGACCUAGAAGCCAGCUCACAAGGAUCGUCGGCAGUUUUGCUCAAAUGGUCAAAGCCUGUAAAAAGUCAGUACUACGGUCAGUUAACUGGAUAUAAUAUUUACUAUGAAGAAAUCAAUGGAAAGGAGCAACAACGCAUACCACAAAUCAACAAUCCAAAUAUAACUGAAGCCAAAGUGAGUGGACUGAAACCAGAAACUACAUACCGCUUCCAUGUGGCCGCCAGAACUGACGCUGGUGAAGGAAAAGAUGAUUAUGUGGAAGAAAAGACAAAAAAAGCAUCUCAACCGAAUAAACCAUCAUUUUGGUUGAAGCCCGUAGAUCCAAAUAAUGGUACGGUUCAAGUGAUUUGGACACCACAAGCGGGGGGUAAUCCCGGAAGUACAUUUUAUGUGAAGUAUCGCGUUAGUGGCACCGAAAAAUUCGAGCGAACCGACCAAAUCGUGAAUGAGAAUUUCCACACCAUCGAUUUGAUACCAGAUACAGUAUAUGAUAUUAUUAUUGUUGUAUUAGAUGGUCGAUUUGAAAGUGUGAGUGACACGCAACAAUAUCCAAAGGCUAUCUCAGCAGGUCCAGAUGUCGAAACAGGAAAGGAAGGUUUUGUUACCCCCAAAGUCAUAGCAGUAUUCAUAGUAGUCAUAGCCUUAUCUGCACUUGGUCUAAUUGCCAUCUUUGUCAAGUGUUUCAUUUUUAAGAGAUACUAUCCCGAUUUAGCCGUUUAAGUAAUUUUAGAUAAGUGAAUUUUGUUUAUUUGUAUUUGAUUCUUUGCGAAAUAAAUUUGCUGAAAUAAACAAAUGAACACGACCGUAA